AUGGAUCAAUCCCUCUGCAAAUACUUCACCACCUCUCGUGGUUUCGUCUACCACUACCUCUUCUCCACCGGAAAUAUCUCCAAGCCGACCUUGCUCUUUACCCGUGCCUUCAGAAAAAAAGAUUACCCCCUUGUCGUUCCCGACAUGCUCGGAUAUGGAGGAACAUCCAAACCUAUCAAUCCGAUCCAUUACAAACACCGUUUAAUGGCGAGAGAUAUGGUGGACAUCCUGGAUGUUGAGAACGUCGACCAUGUAAUCGUUAUUGGGCAUGACUUGAAGCAUUGCAGGGGAUCGGUCAUAACUAGCUGCACGGCAAAUUACUAUCCCGACCGAUUUCUGGCGUUCGGAUUUCUUUCUGUCGGAUACUAUCCACCAAUUUCAAUGUCGUACGAAGCCACGAUGCAAAAGCAUGUGUUGGCUACUGAUGCAGACGUCUGGUUCAAGUCAACCCUCGGUACUGAGUUAUUUGGUUACUGGGCUUUCUUUUCUGAGGAGGGUCCUCGUGAUAAGCUGGACGAUAGCACCGAAUCAUUGUAUAGCCUUCUGUACUGCGAUGAUCCUGAGCUUUGGAAACGCCAUAUGGGACCGCCUGGGGCGAUGAAAGCAUGGAUAGAGAAUAAGCAGAUGACUGAAGUUGGUUCAUUCUUGACUGAAGAGGAUAGACAAGUUCAGAGAGAGGAACUACGCAAGGGCGGAUUCGCAGCCCCCAUUUGUUACUACAAGGUCGUAUAUACUACCAUCGAAGCAGAUGACUUCCAAGGUAAUGCGCAUCGUACCGUUCCAACCUUAUCAAUGCUCAUUAGCUUCGAAGCGAAUCCCCCUACGGCUCUGAAGCUGACCAAGCCCGUAUUCUUUGGUGGUGCUCUGAAGGAUUUCAUUGCAUUAUACAGCCUGAACGAAGCAUCCACCAAAGAGAGCUGUGAGGAUGCGACUAUCCACAUCUACAACAUGGGUCGUUGGAUACACAUGCAAGCCAAAGACGAGACAAGCCGGGAUAUGUCGAUGUGGAUUCACGGCCUUGAUUCAGGUGUCAAACACAGUAAACUACGGAAAACAUCCUGA